AUGAAUUUGCGGAGCAAUGGCGUGUUGCUGUUGGGGCUGGGCUUGGUCGUUGCAUUGCUUUUCUGUAGCGGUUUGGCAAGCGGUAAUCUAGUGUUGAAGGUGCAACACAGAUACGGAGGGCUUGGGCAUGGCAGGAGGUCCACAUUGACGGCAUUCAAGGCCCACGACGUCCAACGUCAUCGAAGAAAACUCGCCGCCCUGGAUUUUCCCUUGGGCGGUGAUGGCCGUGUCACCGGCUCCGGCCUCUAUUACACAAAGCUUGCAAUUGGGACUCCCCGGAGGAAUUUCUACGUCCAGGUGGAUACCGGAAGCGACAUUCUGUGGGUGAAUUGCGCCGGCUGCGACAACUGUCCUAAGAAAAGCAGCCUCGGCAUAGAGUUAGCGGUGUAUGACUUGAACGACUCCAAAAGUGGGAAGCAGGUGACUUGCGAUCAAGAUGUCUGCGCUCUUAUGUACAACAACCAGUAUUCGGCUUGCAAGGAUCCAAAGCCCUGUGAAUAUUCCAUUACGUAUGCUGAUAAGAGCACAAUGUCGGGUUUCUUCGUCACGGACACCAUCCAAUUCGAUCAGGUCACCGGGAACCUUCAAACGCAUCCCAAUGCCAACGGGAUUGUAUCUUUCGGGUGCUCAGUUAAGCAAUCAGGGACACAGCAUACAUCCACGGACAGAGUUAGCGGGAUAGUCGGUUUCGGGCAAGCCAAUUCCUCCAUCAUAUCCCAGCUCGCUGAGUCCGGAAAGGUUAAGAAAACAUUUUCGCACUGCCUGGAUGCCAAGAAUGGGGGAGGGAUAUUUGUUAUAGGACAAGUGGUGGAUCCCAUAGUAAAUUCGACGGCUUUGGUGGCGGAUGAUGGUGAUGACCUACUCGAACAUUACAAUGUGAUGAUGAAAAGAGCCGAGAUAGAGGGUGAAAUUUUUGACAUCCCAACUGAGAGCUUCUUUGAUACAGGACGGAAGACGGUGAUCGACAGCGGUGCAACCUUGGCUUAUUUUCCUGCUGAAGUCUACGACCUGAUCAUGGAAAAGGUCACCGCACGGCAAUCUAAUUUCAAGACUCACAUUGUUGAGCAGCAGCUCAAAUGCUUCUACUUCAAUGGCAACAUUGACGAUGGUUUCCCAACCAUAACUUUUCAUUUUGCCGGCUCAGUUAGCAUGCCAGUUUUGCCGCAUGAAUAUUUCAUCCACCUUCAAGACAAUGAGUGGUGUAUCGGUUUUCAGAGGGGUGGAUUGCAGACACAAGAUGGACACGAACUGAUUUUAUUGGGAGAUACAAUAUUGUCAAACAAGCUUGUUGUGUAUGAUCUUGAAAACCAGAAAAUUGGAUGGACAAGGUAUAAUUGUUCUUCGAGCAUCAAAGUGAAAGAUGAAGUUUCAGGAAAUGUGAACUCCGUAAACUCCCCCGAUAUUUCUUCAGCGUUCGCUUAUAAUACAGGAAAGGCAUUAGCAGCGCUGAUGUUUGUGGCCACACUGGCUAUACAAUUUUACUAGGAUGAACUAGCACA